GUCUGGCAAACAAAAGCCUACCACGCCCAACACGCCCAACACGCCCAACCUCCAAAUGUCUCGGCUUGAUUCACCGCUUCGGCCAUGUCAGCUGCGCCACAUGCAAUGGCCAUCCUACCGGCCCGCUUCCGCUGGCUGAGGGGCUUGGAUGCAUUCGUCGACAGUCGUUGCCAGCAGCAGAGGAGGGGGGGAACAAGGGACCAUGGGGACCAUGACAUUUCGAAAGACGAGACAAAUCUCACCCAGUCCUUGACCCUCCAUCUCAGCCCUAUGCGCCAGAGAGCUCGAAGCAUGGUCCUGGGUGGUCAGGAAAUCCUCCACUGGCCUUCCCUGACAUUACUGACCCAAGGGCUUGAUCAGGGCGGCCUCCUCUUGAGCCGGGAGCUCCCAUGUAUCGAAUUGCGUCUUGGGAAUCUGCCUCAAGAGUGCCUACAUAUCGCCUGCCUUAGCGCCGCUGCUCAGCCAUCGCCCAUCAAAAGUCACGCUCUGCUUCUUGAGAUACUGCAGAAAGAAGCCACACCGACCCAUGAUUGACUGCACCAAUGUCUUCCCACGAUGACGUUCGCUGCAUCUACGCACCUUCUUUGCGUCUUCUUCAGCCCUACCAUCUAUGAUCACCUACCGCGUCAAUACGAUCAUG